AUGAUUAGUGGGACCGCCUGGUUCGACAAGCCCAAAACAAGAAAACAUUCUUACAACUCCCCCUUGUCGGACUCCACAACUUCCGAGAUUGCCGCCAUAACGUUACGCGCCCACGCGGCUUGGAAAGAGACCAGGCACUCAGGAAUCGAAGAAACUACAGCUGACGAAGGAGAACAUUUCACCUUCACUCCGUACAACCAACCAGUUGGCACGUCGUCCUAUCUUAAUAUUCGUCUUGAAAAUGCUGCGAACUCAUCGCAAUAUAUCACAGGGCGCAUUGGCAGUGAUUCGGACACGGUAGCACUCGAAGAUUCACUUAUAAUGACAAAUAUGACGAAAUGCAUUAAGCGGGUGGUUUGCAUGAUACCCAACGGCAGAUCCAUUCGUCACAUUGCGCACUUUGCCCAAUCAGCAUUCCCUUGCUGGUCAGCUCUCCAGCGUUUUCCUGAAAACAUGAGAUACAUCAAAUCGUUUGCUAAACUUGGUAAAAAGCCUCAAAGGUGGAUUGUUGAAUUGAUGGAAUACUUCAAGACAGCGGGAAUCACAAUAGUUUCAGGGAAUUCAAAUGAUGUCUCUGGGAGAGAUGAAUGUGACUGGGACCUGAAGUUCCAAGGCAAUAAUGCUAGUGGCUGGACUGAAAUGCCUACCUUAAAAUAUGACGCAAAAGGAGUAUCUUUGUUGUUGAAUCACAAUGAUUACAAGUGGAGAAAGGAUCCUGUAAACUACUUUUCAAAGCCAUCAGACAUGGCGGUAUUGCAACGCGUCGUCCUAUGUUCCAACUACACUUCUGGCGUGUCUAAACAACCAAAGAUUCAUGUCCUAAUUCUCAACCGUGAGGGAUCUCGCAGCCUCUCAAAUGGAGAGGCCAUUGUAUCAACUCUCCAAGAUUCUGUACUUGGUGAUUUCAUUGAAGUUAACUAUGUACAAGAUAUGGAGGGAUCAUUGCAUCAUCAAGCCUUGACCAUGCACUCAGCAGAUAUUAUUAUCGCUCCUCAUGGGGCCCAACUUACUAACCUUGCCUUCAUCAAGCCUUGCACUGUUGUGGCAGAGAUCUUUCCAAGGGGUUAUUAUCUUCAAUUCUUCCAGUCGUAUGUCGUUGCUGCCGGUGGUAUUGCAUUCGAGGGCUACGAAGAUGGCAGGAGCCCUUAUUUUGAUCUAUUUGGGUUAGAAAGUGAAAAUGAUCGUAGAGCAAGAAGAAGUGCGCCAAUUCCUAUGUCAGCGGCUUCGGUAGUCCGUGCCCUGCCAGAAUUUAUACUCAAGUUCAACACAUAUACAAAUCCCAUUACCUACCAUACAGUCAACGCUAUUCAAGAGCAGGCUCUUCAGGAGCAUGCUUGUUACGCUUUCUUCAUUGCUAUGACUUCUAGAGGACACAGUGACGCUCAUGGAUCUAGAGGCAACUUUGCUCGGAUCUAUCUUUACUUCAACGAUCUGAAGAACCCUGAAUCGGGCUUCUUGGACUUGCCCGAGUUUCCAGCUCCUUGUGAUAACAAGGAUGCACCAAACAUGCUGGACAAUAUUUACCAGUUUCUUGGCACAGUUCGCGGAAAAGGGGGAACGGUUACAUUGUUCGCAAAGACCAUGAUCCCGCUUUAA